ACUCGCAGAGAUUACGCAGCGGGAAUCAAAAAACACCAAAUGCUCUCAAAAGAAAUUUUCGAAAUUUGAAAGACCGUUCGCUGGAUUGUCUUUGACUUCUCCAGCUGCAAAUUUGAUCGAGGAUCAUCAGCUUCAUCGUUGUGUAGCAGCAAUUAUUAGGUUCUCGUAAUCGUUUCUUUGCUCCGAGCUUCGUUUUGGAGACGCGAUUCAGAUACUGUCGAAGCUUCUCGAAUUUUCUAAUUUGCAAACCCUAAGAACCGGCAUUGCCAAGAAUGCUGCAAUGGAUGGGAGGAUCGAGGCGGAAAGUGGCCGCUUCACACACGUCAGUGAAGAAGAGGCAAAAGCAAUACUUUGAGCAGAGGAGACAGCAACAGCAUCAGCUCACAGUUGGGUCUGAGAGCUGUACUAAUGAUAUAAACAAUAGUAACCAACACUCAAGAGAACACCAAUCUCUGGAUAUUCUCAAUUUGCUGAACUUGUCAACCGCUACUCCUGAAUGCAAACUUUCUUGUCCAGAAAAUGGAAUGCAAGAUCUGGAUGCUGAUUUCUACAGCCUUAAGGACAACAUUUCCGGAGUAGGAAGUUCAUUUAACCAUAUAGCAGAACCUACUUCCUCUAAGAGGACUUUGUUUAGUCUCCCUGACAACCAGACAAAUGACUUCAAGAAAGCAAACACUGACAACCAGACAAAUGAUUUCAAGAAAGCAAACACCACAGCAGAUCUGAUGGAUGGCACAGAGCGGAAGUUAUCUGUCUUUGAUUUGGUUGGUGAUGAUCAUACAACAACCAACCUGGAAGAAUGUUCUCCGUCUGAGGCCCACAUGGCCUUUUCAGUUGAAGGAUUAGGUAAAAUAAACACGGAAACUCCAGUUAAUUCUCCACAACCAUCAGACAGAACCUUUGUGUACCGGUGCUCCUCUCCAUGGAUGGUAAAUGGUCAACCAAAUACAUCACAUGUCAGGGAAAGGCUCAACGACUUUGAGAACGAAGUGGACACAAUAAUUGAAAGUAGCAAAAUCUUCCAAGAUGACAGCCGUUAUAGGUCUCCAAUUGGCAUACAUGCUAAAGAUGGGGGCAGAAAGCAAAAACUGCAGACUUUCAGUGAUCACUUGCACAAACAAUAUAGCGACUCAAGAAGUAACUUCUGCGACGUUGCAGAUUUCAACAACAGCAGGUUCUCUGAUGACGAAUGGAAUGCUAAGUCCGCCUUUCUUGAUGACGGGGAAGAUAGUUUUUACUGGAAGGGCGAACAGCCAUGCCAAAAGGAAAGUUUGAACCCUGAUUUCCUGAAAUAUGGUAAGGAUUACACUGAGAGUCGCUCUUCUUCAGAACACCAUAGGAAAAAGAAGAGGGAUUACCUGGAAACGACCUGGAGGUCCAACAUUAGAGAUUCACCAACUCGAAGAUCACAUCUUUUAGAAAGGAAUAUCGACCAUCCAAGUUUCGCUAAGCCAGCUUAUUUCAGAACCUCCGACUUUGAUUUUAACAAUGUAUUUGACCAACCGGUUUGGUCAUCCAUUGUACCUGAGGAAGAUAAAGACAGCCAUAGUUUGCGUAGCGAAGAAUCUUGCUCGUCUAGUGCAGUUUGGACCAAUGAAACCCACAAUUCACAGUUUGAGACCAACACAAGACAAAGAAAAAGGGAAACUAAUUCGUUUCGCAACCUUGGAGACAAGUAUUAUCUGAAUAAUAACCUUUUCCAAGAAUCAUGGGAAGACUGGGAUGUGGAUGAUCAACAUAUGAAGAGACAAGUUGGGUCUGGAAAGCAGGUCAGACUAUCAAACCCAGGAAAGUUAAAAUCUACCAGUCAGAGAGAAGGUGGUCUAGACGAGUCUUACAAUUGGUUUGCUGAAGGAUUUUCAUCUGCAGGCAUAAACUCAGAUAUUACAAGUGAGAGGGACAAGCCAUAUCCUUUCCUUAACGCUGAGAUUGGUAGCUCGCACUGGCGUUCAUCUCGUGCCCCUGAUUCUAUUCCGGAAACAUGGGUUCCCAAGUUUUCAGUAGGAGGCACCGGAGAUGAUGAUGAUGAAGACGACUAUGUAAACUGUUUAUCAGCAAACCAUAAAUCUAAACUAGCAGGAGGCACAUGCGGUUUUGAGAAUGACACGUUAUCAGAGAACGAUAAUGAGCAAAGCAGAGAAGUAAAUCACCCAAAAAUCCAGGGAGAUGAGACCUCAUCAUCCGUUGCUAAGAGCCUCUCAGACGAAAAUGAAUAUAACCCCAACAAGGAGGUCAUGCAAGCUCGUCACCAAGUAAACAGAGAAUCAGGAGAAAAGACAAGUAGAGACUCGCUCCAACAAAUGAUAAUGCUGGAAAGACGCACACUUCAGCUCGUUUGUUUUAACAAGACAUUGCUCCUUGACUCCUUAAAAACUUAGAUUAUGCUUUGGUUAAAAAAGAAAAGAAAAAGGCGAAUCAAGAAUACUGCGGCUCUUUGUUUCUCAUGUGUAGUACGAGAUUGAUGAUAAGCUCCGCUUAAUCAUAAAUUCAUAAUAUCAAAUUUACUUGAUCAUUAUAUCGUAUCUGUAAUUCAAACUAAUCAUUGGAUUGGAUGUAAAAGUCUAGAUUCUUCAAAGUAUAUAUUUUCCAUAAUUAUGCUGA